AGCGAACACCCUUCGGUGGAUCGCCCGGCACGGCGGAAACCCUAAAGCAAGCCAUGUCGGGCUGAUCGAGGACCCGCCCACGCGCCCCGGGAACGCGGGGUCCGAUGGGUCUCUUCCUCCGUGGCCUCCUGCGCGGUCUCUUCCUCCGAUGGGUCUCUUCCUCCGUUGCCUCUGGUUGGGUGGGGGAGGGGGGCGGGCCGCCCGGAGGCUCGAGGGGCUUCCAGAGCUGCACGGCGAUUGGGGCGAGGUGCCCCCGGCGUUGGUGGACGCACUGCCCGAGCCGCAGCGGGAGGAGGCCCGGGCGCGGCGCCUGCUCCACGAUGAGGAGGCCGCGCGGGACUUCGCCGCCGCCGCGGAAGAAGAUCGGGGGGCGACGGACGAGGUCUGAUCUUAUUAUGGGCAAGUUGGUAAGCGGGCGAGCAGAACUUUAGCAGCACGGCGAGUAAAGUUGAUCGCUUACACCGCUUGCUCAACAUUCGCGUGAAUCCUACGUCUCCACCUCACGGACGAAUGCACCGAAGAUGGAGACGUAGGAGUUUGUUGUAGCAGUUGUCUUUUUGCGUGCCCAGGCGUCAGUUUCAUGACGAGUGGCGUGUUGCUGUCACCGGCGGAGGCGCCCGCGUCCACAGCUUGCUCUCCUAGUGACAG